AUGAGCCCUCAUGUAUUGAUUGUUGGUGCCGGCCUGGGCGGGCUCACACUUGCACAAUGCUUGCGAAAGCAAGGGGCAUCCUUCGAGAUUUUCGAGAGAGACAUCGACGAUCAAUCACGCGCGCAAGGCUGGGCCAUCGGCCUUCACUCCAUGCUCGAUGAGCUGCAAUCUUCCAUGCCUUCCGACCUGCCGGACCUGAGGGAGUCGGUGCAUCACCUUUCGCCCCUGAAGCUGAACACGCAGCUGUGCAUGUACAUUCGCGGAGACCGCGUUGGUGUCCAAGACACGCCGGAGACACCCGUCCUUCGAGCAAACCGCGCACGACUUCGGGGGUGGCUUUCGACGAACCUGCCCAUCCACUGGGGUAAGCAACUGCAGCAUAUCGAGGAGACGGGCGACGGCAAAAUCUGUCUUCACUUUGCGGAUGGCACAAAUGCCUCCGGUGAUGUGCUUGUUGGAGCGGAUGGGGUGCACAGUGUUGUCCGCGAGCAUGUCUUGCAACGGCCCAACGACGAAGUGCUCAACCUGAUACCGACUUCCACUAUCAUUGGUGAGGUCCAUCUAUCAGGCGCCGCCUUCGAGCGACAGUUGAGUCUUGGCCACAGCUGCUACGUGGUUGCUGCCCCCAGUUCCUCUGCGAGACUGUUUGUGGGCUUGCAGCAGGCUAACGACGACGGCAACUCGGGGGAGUACUACUGGUUCUUCAUGACGUAUGACGAAGAAGCUUGCCGGCCAAACCACUGGCUGCGUACGGCCUCGCGGCAGGAGAAGCUAGACUACGCGAAAAAGACUGCAGCAGAGAUGGACUCGAAGUUCACAGAAAUCAUGGAGUUAACGCCAGCCAGUGGCAUCAAGGAUACCUUUUUCACUCACAGAGAUGCUGAGAUACGAAGUCUGCCUACCGGGAGGGUAGCAUUAGUCGGAGAUGCUGCACAUCCAAUGACACCUUUCCGCGGCGAGGGAGGAUGCCAUGCGAUCACGGAUGCGUUGAACUUGUCGAAGGUUCUGGGUAAAAUCGAGAAAGGCGAAAAUGGAGAUAUAGCAGCGGCAAUCGAGGGUUACCACGCGGAGGUGCUAGAGCGAGGAUCGAAUGCAGUCCUGAGUUCCAGAAAUGCUCACAAAACGAUGGGACAAAAGCCGCCUGUCGGCUGGGGCUACACGGUUGUGCCAAUUCCGGAGGAAAGGAUUGUUCUGAGCGCAUUGAAGUGA